AUGGCCGAUGACUUGUUAAAGGGUUGGGAUGACGUUAGUUUCCACGGGUCCGAUCAAAUAAUGACCCCUAACAUCGACGUGCUCGCCUACCAGGGCGCCAUCCUCCAGCAAUACUACUCGGACACGCAGGGCACGGCUGCCAGGAGCGCCCUUUUUACAGGAAAAUACCCUAUGAGACUCGGCACACAAAGCGACUCCAUACUAGCAUCAGAAGACCGAGGUAUCCCAGUAUCGGAGCCGCUGCUACCCGAAUACCUACGGGAACUAGGCUACGACACGCACUUGGUCGGCAAGUGGCACGUCGGCAAAUCCCGGGAACACUAUCUGCCUACUUACAGGGGAUUUGAUACUUUCUACGGCUUCCUCGAUGGCUCCGUGGAUUACUAUACGUACAACUUGGUCGAGAAUUGUAACGGCACAUCGUUCUUUGGUCUCAAUUUUUAUGAAAACUUGGCGCCCGUGGAGGAUCUAAGUGGACAUCUUACGGAAAUACUCACUGACAGAGCUGUUAACUUGAUAAGAAACCACAACACAUCGAAGCCAUUGUACCUCCACGUGUCGCACGCGGCUCCACACACCGGCGGAGGCUUGGUGUCCCUGCAGCCACCUGUCAACACCUUGGCGGAAAACAGCCAUAUAGCGCACACAGCUCGGCGCAUGUAUGCCGGUCUUGUUACAAGCUUAGACAAGAGCGUUGGACAUAUAAUUGCUGCUUUAGCAGAGAGGGAAAUGUUAAAAAACACGAUUAUAGUUUUCGUAUCUGAUAAUGGAGCAGGUGCAACUGAAAAUUUUGGAUGCAACUUGCCGCUGCGAGGAGAGAAAAGUACUCCGUGGGAAGGUGCUGCGAGAUCUGUGGCUCUCGUAUGGCACGCUUCAGUGGCACCUAAUAGAAACGAUCAGAUAUUCCACGUUACUGAUUGGUUGCCCACUUUUCUAUCAGCUGCAGGUGGCGAUAUACCCAAAAAUAUUGACGGAAUCGACCAAUGGCGUACAAUUGUAAAGGGCGAAGUAUCUAAACGGGACAGCGUACUAAUAACAAUUGACGAUCUUAACGGUUGGGCUGCGUUCAGAGAGGGUGACUAUAAAAUAAUUGUGGGGAAUGUAAGCAAAGAGAAGAGUAAAUAUCAAGGCAAAGAGCUCAAGGCAGUGCGACUUGGCUCGUUUCCGUACGAAAAUGUGCUACUGGCAUCGGAAGCAUGCUUAGUGUUUAAAGAAACACUGGAUCUGAGUUUAGACAUAGUAUCAGUCUACGAGAUGCGCAAUAACAGUAAACUGGUAGAAACUGUUAAUGAUCUGCCAGACGAGGCAGUUUGUUUUCCAACAUUAGCAAAAGGCUGCCUAUUUAAAGUAUCUGAAGAUCCAACUGAGGCUUUUGAUCUGUGGCAUGCAAAAAUGGAUAUAGUUAGACGCAUGAGUUUACGACUAAGAACUCUCUGGACAGAAAUGACUCCAAGGCGACUACCCAAAGCGGAUCCUAGAGCUAAUCCAUCAAAUCAGAACUACGUGUGGUUCUCUUGGGUACCUAAUGAAGAAAAAAUCGAUGCACCACGAAAACCCGUUCCACCUUUUCCUUUACAGGUGUCAAGAGAUGAGCUACAGUACGUCGUCGACAUCAAUUUAAGUUCUUUCAAAGAUAAAAUUCACGAGUAUAUUAAAAACAUGGGAGAAUCAUUUGUUACGAGCGUCGGUGGCUUGUUUAAUUUUUAGUUUAUUUUGUAAUAUUUGUGUUCUUAUAGUCAGGGCAAUGUAGAA